CAGAUCAUCCUCCAACAUCUGCAAUGAGACCUUCAGUCCUGCUCCUAUGUUUCUUCCAUGGGAUCUGCUGGGCAUCAGGUUAUUACUGUGUUCACCAACCAAAAACCCUCCACGUGAAGGAAGGAGAUUCGGUCACCAUCCCGUGUUCAUACACCUAUCCUGAGGACCACAGAGGGAAGUCACAGAUUAUAGUAACUUGGAGGGAAGCAUAUACAGUAUACUGCUCCAGUAUCAAGAAAUACAUAACAGAGAAUAAUGGGAAUAUUCAUAAGGAGUAUAAAGACCGGAUCUCUGCAGUAAACCAUCCUGAUAACCAGACGGCCUCUAUCGUAAUCCGAGGACUGAAAGCUUCUGAUGGAGUUACAUUCUGCUGUGUGGUAAAUGUGGUCAAUGCUGGCUAUCAAUCUAAUGAUGUGUAUGGGACGUUUCUGAACUUUGCAGAUGGAAGAUGGUUGUCUCAGGUGGAGGAACUGAUCGCUGUAGAAGGAGAAGAGCUGAUCAUCCCCUGUCAUCAUCACCCGCUGAAGACCCUGAGGGAAGCUCUGCAAGUGACCUGGUAUAGAGGAUACAGUGAACUGUGUGACUCAAAUACAGAGAAGAUUUAUAAAUGGGACCAAAAACCCACUAUCGGUGCAGAUGCAUUCUCACUGGUGAACAUCUCUGAUGACUUCUCUCUGCGUAUACACCGUGUACCGAGUAAUAGAGGCCCCCACUAUUGUUGCAGUGUGACCACCAGUGAUGGAAAAGAAAUAAAGAGCCGAAGUAGUACGGAGCUGAUCAUCGCAGGUCCAUCCUCGUCCUUCUCGACAUUCAGUGUAACCCAGCCAUAUAACAUCACAGGUCGUAGAGGAGAGUCUUUAACCCUGAGCUGCUCCUACAGCCAAUAUAUGGAGAGUGAUGUCCUGGGGGUUAAUAUUUACUGGAGAUUGGGUAACACAAGCGGACCCUACGUCUACCACCCCUACAAGGAGAUGACUCAUCCUGGUUAUAGAGGAAGAACGGGAAUACAAGGAGAAGCAGAUCUGCAGAUACGGGGGCUACAGAUGUCAGAUGACUCCAUGUAUUACUGCUUUGUGAUGAUCAGACUGUGUACUGGAAAUGUACAAUAUAAAAAACUAGUUCAGUAUGGAGGAGGAACACGACUAAUUGUGACAGAUCCUGUCCAGUCACGUCUACAUCCACCAACCGCCAUCUUUGCCUCGUACAUUGGUCUGAAAUUCUUCAUCUCGCUUGCACUUUUCAUUUUUACUUUUAUCUAUUAUAAAAAUCUAUGAUAUAAAACCAGAUCAGGCUGCAGAUAAAAUAUCCUUAUAUCUAUUGCUCGGAUAUUUUAGCUGAUUGCUUCUGCAUGUUGCUGGUUACUGUAGUACACAUCAGUAUCUGUAAUAUUCUCUGCACUCCCAUAGCUGCAAACCCCAAAUGUACCCCAAAGUCACCAAUUUGUGGGAAUUAUGUUGUCACCCGAUGUUCAUACUAUAUAUGAGGCAAUGAAAGGAGACAUUACCCUCUAUGAAUGCAGAAUGGUAAAUGGUGGCUUCAUCCUGAUGUAAUUGAUCAGAGAUGGUAAAUUAACAAGCGUUCUCUCAUCCACCUUCACAUAUCAGGAUGUCUUAUCACGGCAGAGAUGUAACCCAGCAUCCAGAGGAUCCUCAGAUGGACCUAGAUCCUGACAUCUUGCUCAGCCACAGGACAGCCUACAAGGUCCAGCAGAAGACAAUCCAUCUGAAUACUGAAGAAACUUUGAAACUUUCUGAUAAUGACUAUUUUGAUUUCUUUCAUAAACAAUAAUUUCUCCAUUUUAGGAUGAUCCAUGUAUAUGAUGAUAAUCUCAGACUUUAUAAUGCAUCUAAAAGGAGUAGUGCUCUAGUUCAGUACAGAUGUGUCCUCCCUUACCUUCCCUCUUUUCUCCAUAUGUGCCCAUCCCUACCUUCCAUCUUUCUCCAUACAUGUCCUUCCUUACAUUUCCUCUUUCUCCAUACAUGUCCUUCCUUACCUUCCCUCUUUCUUCAUACAUGUCCUUCCUUACCUUCCCUCUCUCUCCAUACCUGUCCUUCCUUACCUUCCCUCUCGCUCCAUACCUGUCCUUCCUUACCUUCCCUCUUUCUCCAUACAUGUCCUUUCUUACCUUCCCUCUCUCUCCAUACAUGUCCUUCCUUACCUUCCCUCUUUCUCCAUACAUGUCCUUCCUUACCUUCCCUCUCUCUCCAUACAUGUCCUUCCUUACCUUCCCUCUCUCUCCAUACCUGUCCUUCCUUACCUUCCCUCUCUCUCCAUACAUGUCCUUCCUUACCUUCCCUCUUUCUCCAUACAUGCCCUUCCUUACAUUCCCUGUUUCUCCAUACAUGUCCUUCCUCACAUUUUUUCUUUCUCCAUACAUGUCCUUCCUUACAUUUCCUCUUUCUCCAUACAUGUCUUUCCUUACCUUCCUUCUUUUUACAUAUGUGUCCUUCCUUACAUUACCUUCUUAAAUUUGUAUUGACAAGUGACUGUAGGAAGCCCCUCAUGUUUUUUUUUUCUAAUUGUCCCACAGGACACUGUCUUCCUUUCAUUCAAGUGACUGGACAGUGAAAUACUUGUAUAGUAGUUAUCCACAUACAGAUGAUAGCCUUCGUAGUCAUCAUAGUGAUUCAUUAAAUCCAAGACAAUUUUACCAUUCGUGUCUAUAUGGAAUGGACAAUCAGGGGGAUCAAACUGGCUGUCCUUUCCUUCAUACACCCUAAAGGUGUUGCCAGUACCACUUUCGCACAACUUAUACAUCUUGACACCUUAUGUAGCACGUUUACUUGGGUUGUACUGUUUGAACAACAGUUGGCCAGUAGAGUGGAUUAGGGAUUUAUCAACUGCAAGAUUUUUCUUGGGGGUAUACAUUUCUCAAAAUUUCCCAUUAAGGUAUGCCAUGUGACUUGUACAGUAGAUGGCCUGGGCACAGCAUUGCUGGUACACGCCAAACAUUCCUCAUCACUGUUAACUACACUCUGCUGCCUUCUCUGGAUUGUGGCAUGUGGUUGUCACAAUCAGAGCCACCAGAGCUUUCCAUUAAUUUGUCACUGCCUUCAAUGGGUUCAUACUAAGAACUGGACUCUUCCACACAACGUUCCUCACUGGAGGAACAAAGAAAGGCAUAGGCGUCUUCAGCGCUGAAAUGUCUGCUCUGCAUUUUAUUUUAUACAAACAACCAAAAAUUUAUUCAAAUAAAGAUUUGUUCAAAUAUAUGUCAAAAAUAGGUGUGUG